CUGUUGAAGAAAGAGUGAAGAAGCUCCGUGAAACUACUACUGUCUGCUGGCCAAUGAGGCAAGAGCGGGGCGGAGAGCCGUCUGCAAUUGUACUACAGGACUGCAUGCAGCUGCAUGAAGCUAGCAUCUUCAAUUCUCCAUAAGCGUCUCGCUCAUCUGGUCAAUGGAUUACACAGUUUCCCUUCAAGUGCAACACCAGCUGACAGUGUUCCCAACGCACUUGUACCAGGGUUACAGUUUGGAGUUACAGGAUGUCAAUGAGGAGGCGGCUGGGAUGGAGAAUCUCUCAGAGGAUGGGUUAACUAAAGCCUUAUGUAUGAAGUCACCCGAAGUGGACCAGAGCCUCUUCACAGACAGCUACUGCAAGGUGUGCAGUGCACAGCUCAUUUCCGAAUCUCAGAGGGUUGCCCAUUAUGAGAGCCGAAAGCAUGCAAAUAAAGUCCGCCUGUAUUACAUGUUACACCCUGUGGAUGGAGGUUGCCCAGCUAAGAAGCUCAGAACAGACAAUGGAAGUGAGGAGGGCGACGUUGACAAGAACAAGUGUUGCACUCUGUGCAACAUGUCCUUCACCUCGGCCGUAGUAGCACAGUCCCAUUACCAGGGAAAGAUCCACGCCAAGAGACUAAAACUGCUACUGGGGGAACAACCUGCCAUCACAGCCAAAGAGGUGCCCCCGAGUCCCGUGAAGGCCCCCUCGGAAGCCUCGCCCAUGGCCUCGCCCCGGCAGCGCCGCGACUCGGACCGCUACUGCCAGCUAUGCAACGCGUGGUUCAACAACCCCGGCAUGGCCCAACAGCACUACGACGGCAAGAAGCACAAGAAGAACGCUGCCCGCGCCGACCUUCUGGAGCAGCUGGGCAAGACUCUGGACAUGGGAGAGAUGAAAGGUCUCAAGCGCAGCUACACCUGUGAUGUCUGCAGCGUAACGCUCAACUCCGUGGCGCAGUACCACGCACAUCUGCAGGGCUCCAAGCACCAAAACAACCUAAAGAAUCAGUUGUGUGUCCAGUGAAUCUAGACGAGAACCCACGAUUGGAUUGAUGUCAGACAAGCUGUGGUCGGCUUGCCCUGCUGUUCCUGCCUCUUCCCGUACCUCUGUUCUUUUCAUCUGUUCACUCUCUUUCUCUCUCUGUCUGUCUCUCUCACACACACACACAAACACUCUCUCGCUCACUACAAACACACAGACAAACAGACAGACAGACACACACACACACACACACACAUACCAGUACAGAGAAUGGACAGACUCUCAUUUCCAUUUAAUCAGCUCUCUUCGCUCGCUACAGCCCCCUCGACUCGUGAUGCAGUCUUCAUUACGACUCCUAGAUACUCAGCAAUAUGUUCAUUGCCCUGCAGUCUAUAGGCUAAAUUAUGGAAAGGGCAUGCAAGACUACCUAAAUGUCACUGUAAGGGUGGAAUGAAAAAUGUAACGGUAACUUCAUUCCAAUCUUUCACUCCACAGUCAUUCACGAUUUUUCAUACAUCCAUUCUGUUGCUCUCAAAUGGUUUUACAAAUAUGUGUAUGUAUCGUCGUGUUUCAAACUUUUCAAAUUUCACUGUUUUGUUUGCUGAGUUACCAUCUUAACCACACAAAGAUACAGUAGCAUUUAAAUCACCACUUCCACCUUCAAGUUCUUUGUCUUCUAUUUGGACACAGUCUUUUUGAUUUAUGAAGCUAAAUGUCUGCGUAAAGAUGUGCUACAGGGUAUUGCAGAUUGCUCUUUUGAGACAGAUACGAAUUACUGCACUCAAUGGCGAUAAUUGCUAUUUGGGCAGUAAUAAUUGAUUUCUGAUGGAAUAAUAUUUCAGCUCAGUUCAGCGGCUAGAAGAGUGUGACAAAACUGCAAAUGGCAAGGCACUCCCAAAUGCAAAAUAACAGAGCUGGGAGAUGAGAAGAUGAAAGCAGCUUGACUGUGGGUUGGGUUCUCUUUUUCUUUUUUCAUUAUUUUUUUCUUGGGGGUGGGGGUUGCAUGUCAUCUAAUUGAUCUUGUUUUCCUGCUCCUUGAUCUUGGACCAACAGACCAACAAAAUCUACAGUGACUAAUGACUUUAGGUUGCACUCACCAUCCGCUGUUUGUCUCAGGGAGGUUCCUAUGGUUAACAAGGGCAUUUUCUGUGCUGACUCGAAAAUUCACAUGCAGCGCUUGUUUGACUUCUAAAGAGCUGUAGUCAGAUUCAAGCAAAGCCUGAAGUGAAAAAAAAAAAAAACCCCAAAUGUGUUGCAAUGCCCCUGCAAGUGAAUUGUACCUGUAAGAAGAAGUUAAUUAAAAUGGAUUUGUCAAACAUAUAGUUCUUAGAGCCACUACUGUCGCUAAAUGGUAUCACUGUAAAAAAUGUGAUGUCUUUUACCAUGAGGUCCAGGCACGUGGAGUAGAAAUGAAACUAUUAAUGGUUGUUUUAAUAGUGGUUUGUAUGUGAAGAGAAGUAUCAGAGUAUUUAUGUUUGCAAAUGAAGAUAUAUAUAUAUACUGUACUUAGAGGAGAUAUUUAUUUAUUUUGUUGGAUUCACAUAAAAGUUACAGGUAGCAACUGCCUUUUCAUGUGUCCUAUAUUUGCGAUAUGGUGUGAUUUUAAUUCAGAUUUAUUUAUUUGUUUCUAUGUUUGGGAAGAUAUCACACACUACGAUGGGCAUUGUCUUUUUUAUGUUUCUUCCCUAGCUUUAAAGGACUUGUUUUCCUAAGCAUCAAUCUGGUGUGUUUAUAGGCGACAGAGAGCGAAAUAGGUUCAUCUACAGUCAUCCAUUCCAAUCCAUGAUCAACUGAAAACCAACUGAGCCUCGGACCACCCAGAGCCAGGGACCUUUUCUGAUGGCCUCAGUCAAAAACUCAAUGUAUAUACUGUUUUUAAAAAGUACUCUGUGCACGAAUCAGUUUGUUGAUGUACUGCAACUGUCAAUUCAUUGUAUGACUUUUACUACAUGAAGGGCCAAAUUCUGAGAGGUGUAUUCUCACACACAAAUGUAUAUGUACUGGCCAGGCCUAUUCAAUUUCAAAUGAAUUCACAUGUGUCUCACAUUUUUAGUGACCUUAUUUUUUGGUGUGAAGCAUUUUCUCUGUGACUUGGCCAGUUUUUUUUUUUUUUACUUCAUUUGUCAUUAGCAUCGCAAUGGUAAUAGCGAGUUUCUCCAAUGACGCAGAGGAAGACCAUCCCUCAUGCCUUCCCCCUCUUCUUUGUGCUCUGGGUUAUGUCUAAUGUGUCUUCUGGAAAAAUAAAAGACAUUUGCAACCCUUC